CGCAGCGAGCUUGUUGUUAAAAUAGCGAGGGAUUUGAGAUCGCGCAACGCGAAGUAGCGAGGGGGAAACAUUCACGAGGCCGGAAAGCGGAGAAACGUGCUCGUCAACGUGAGCGACGACAACAAACGGGCUGCUGCGCCGCAAUAUGACAAGUAUCACGUAAUAAUCGACAUAAUCAGGUAACGGAAACAACCGGUGUCGUUGAAAACUAGAGAGCGUAGUCAAUUGUUUGACUCGUCGCCUUACGAUUUUCAUCAUUCACGGAUUUUAAUUUAAACCUGUAUUCAAGAAAUCUUAAGGAUCACAUAUACACACAUGACGUCCGAGGAAGUGAAUCGUAAUGCAAUGAUGGUUUCCGCUGAGGAAACUGAUCAAUCUGUUACCAGUACAUCGCAGAAUGCAGGUAACAGCAGAGAUGUAAAUUCAACGAGGCCAUACGACCACGGUAGUCGACAGAGUAACCUUCUACGAAUACAGCAACGCAAGCAACAAUUAUUCAACUUGCCGCGAAGCAAGAAAUUGAUGAAGCUAUCGACCUACAGCGCUUGCCAGGCGGUCGAGUGCAAGUGCACCGGUUGGAAGAACGUGCAACCUAUCCUGAAAUCGCAGAAGGGUGACGUUCAACAGCCUGCUAUCAAUUUUCUGGAUCCGUGUAAAAACUGCGCUCAUGCUUUGGAGAGCCACGUCGCCCAUCUGCAGAACAAAUCUGAGGAAGAACUCAAUAAACUGUUGAGCAUGGCUAUCGAUGCCGAUAACCUUUUCAUGGGUGUGUACAAGGAGGAAGAUUCCGAUACCAAGAGGAUAUAUCAUUACAUGUACACGUUAUUGAGAAAGUGUAUAUUGUCUAUGACGAAACCAGUCGUGGAGGGCCCGUUGGGGCAACCGCCAUUCGAGAGACCCAGCAUAGCGAAAGCGGUGAUGAAUUUUGUUUUGUACAAAUUCAGCCACCUGUCGCAGAGAGAAUUGCAGGUAAUGUGCGAAAUGGCGAAGAUGUUUUUGCACUGUCUCAAUCAUUGGAACUUCGAAGCGCCCAAUGCCAAAAGGACGAGCAGCGCGGGAGAAGCGUCGGCUUAUAAAAUCAAUUACACCCGUUGGCUCGUUUUCUGCCAUGUGCCUGCAUUAUGUGACUCCUUCCCGCAUUAUGGUACUCCUAUAGCUUUCGGCAAGACUCUGAUGCAAGCUGUGUACAGAUCAGUUUGCAGCCAGUUAAUCGACAAGUGUAAUAGCGAGAGAGACAAAAUAACGCCGGAGAAGAGGGUCCUAGUCCUGACGCAUUUCCCCAAGUUCCUCUCCAUGUUGGAAGCGGAGGUUUACUCUGACAAUUCGCCCAUUUGGGACCCCGAGUUCAAGCAGCCUUCCCACCUACAAACCGCCUUGGAAUUGAAGGGGCAUCAAGCUAGAAAGCCAGCGGAAUUCGAGAAAGUCACCGUCGCGUCAAACGAGAAUCCGAAGGAUAAUUACACGACGAUCAACAUCAGUCCCGGAGUGAAAAAGCUUUACGAGAAGCGCCAUCAUUCCGAGUCGGGUCGAAGUUCCGACGCGAAGAAACGAAAAACCGAGGAGGUCUUCGAGGAUCUACCGGACGAAACUGUCGCAGAGAUCGUCGCCACCAUCAACGACCCCAACCGCAUGUGCGGUCCUGAAGUGGUGUUCCCACCGGAUGUCCCGCGCGACGAAACCGCCAAGAUGGAGGAGAGCAAAAAGAUAAUCGAGUUUCACGUUGUUGGGAAUAGUCUUACGCAGCCCGUGUCGAAGCAAACCAUGCUUUGGCUGAUAGGAUUGCACAAUAUAUUCAGCCGUCAAUUAGUUCGAAUGCCCAAACAUUACAUAUCUCAAUUUGUUUUCGAUCCGAAGCACAAGACACUGGCCCUGAUAAAAGGUGGCCGGCCGAUCGGCGGUAUCUGCUUUCGGAUGUUCCCGACCCAGGGAUUCACCGAGAUAGUCUUCUGCGCGGUCACGAGCCAGGAGCAGGUGAAAGGCUACGGGACCCAUUUGAUGAACAUGCUGAAGGAUUAUCACAUCAAGCACAACAUAUUGCACUUCUUGACGUUCGCGGACAAGUUCGCCAUCGGAUACUUCAAGAAGCAGGGUUUCAGCAAAGAUAUCAAGCUACCGAAGGCGAUUUAUAACGGAUACAUCAAGUACUACGUGAGCGCGAUGUUGAUGCAUUGCGAGCUGAACGCGAAGAUCGUGUACACCGAAUUCACGUCGGUCAUCAGGAAGCAGAAGGAGAUCGUCAAGAAGCUGAUACAUCAGAAGCAGCAGGAAGUACCGAAGGUUCAUCCGGGGCUGACGUGUUUCAAGGAGGGCGUGAAGGGUAUCCCCAUCGAGUCUAUCCCGGGGAUUCACGAGACCGGUUGGAAAAGUUCCACUCAAACCAGAACGCGGGGUGUGGCGAAGGGAACGCAGGAACCGGAACCGGUGGAUCCCAGUCUGGACAUGGCGGAUUCCUUGUACAAUUCGUUGAACGCCGUUCUCAACAGCGUCAAGAAGCACAGUACAGCCUGGCCCUUCCUCAAACCCGUGGACAAGAACGAUGUUCCUGAUUACUACGAUCACAUAAGAUAUCCUAUGGAUCUCAAGACUAUGUACGAGCGUCUCAACGCGAAAUACUACGUAACGAAGAAGCUAUUUAUAGCGGAUAUGAUGCGGAUCUUCACAAACUGCAGGCUGUACAACAGUCCCGAUACCGAAUAUUACCGUUGUGCCAAUGCCUUGGAGAAAUACUUCCAAACGCGUAUGAAAGAGGCCGGUCUCUGGGAUAAAUGAAAGCCUCCGAAAAAUGUGCGGCUGUAACAGUGUCGACGGUCGAAAAUUUCCUAACUUAUUCACGCUAUUCCGAAGUCCAGCUGUUUGAAAAUGAAAGUCCAUACUGUUAUGAUACUGCUUUCUGUGCAGUAUUUGUACAAAGGUGAAGUAGAUAUCUAUCUGGCGUGGGAGUGCACGUCGGAAUUGUUGAAAAUAGAAAGAGAUAACGCAGAAA